CAGAAGUAAAAAAAAAACAGUUAAUCCGCGAUGCAGAAUUGAAUAAUCGUUUUUAUUUCUAGUUUGGCCUUAAUUUUUAAUUUGGUUCACUUUAGUUUUAGUUAAAAUAAUAUAGUGAGACUCAUUACUUGAGUUUAAGUUAAUCUCCAAACUAAAACCUCAGCAUGUACAUUAUACAUUAUAACAAAUGGGACAAUGAUGGGGUGGCACAACCAAUGACAGAUCGCUAGUUUAGCAAACCCGCGGGCCAUUGCAUUAUGAGGGAGAUGGUAGGAGGUUGUUGCGUGUGUUCUGACGAUAGAGGCUGGUCCGAAAAUCCUUUGGUGUAUUGUGACGGACAAUCUUGCACUGUUGCCGUGCAUCAAGCUUGUUAUGGAAUAGUAUCUGUACCAACUGGGCCAUGGUAUUGUUGUAAAUGCGAGAGUCAAGAAAGAAGUACAAAAGUUAAGUGCGAACUGUGUCCUAGUAAAUAUGGCGCUCUCAAGCGGACCGAUAAUCAAGGCUGGGCUCAUGUGGUAUGUGCCCUCUAUAUUCCAGAGGUGCGUUUCGGAAAUGUUUCCACUAUGGAACCGAUCCAGUUGCAUUUGAUUCCUCCGGAGAGGUUUAAUAAAGUCUGUUAUAUUUGCGAAGAAAAAGGCAAACCAGCGAGCGCGACAGUGGGCGCUUGUAUGCAGUGUAACAAGCUCGGUUGCAAGCAACAAUUCCACGUCACUUGCGCCCAAAGUUUGGGUCUCCUCUGCGAAGAAGCGGGGAACUACUUGGAUAACGUUAAAUAUUGUGGCUAUUGCCAGCACCAUUACAGUAAACUGGUAAGAAUCAACCAUCAACAAAAGAAAGGCGGUAACGUAAAAACGAUUCCGCCUUAUAAACCGGUGGCAGACAACCCGAACUCAGACUCCAACUCAGAAAAGGAGUCCGAGUCAGGUUCUCCCGCCAAAACGAGCCCCUCGCAGGCAGCCGGUAAGCGCAGGUCCGGAACCGGCGCUAAAAGUAACGCGUCGAAAGUCUCGAAUUCCGGCGCCAAGUCGUCCGGAUCUCAGCAAAAAAGUGUUCAUAGCAAUAAUAAAGGAUCUUCCGAAAAGAGAUCCAAUACGAAAACUGCCAAGGCCGAAGAACCUGCGUCCCCCUCGUUAGAAAAAAACGAAAAGAAGGACGGUACGGUCAAAGCGGAAGCGAUCUCGGACGCCGGUACCGAAAACAAAGACACGAAACCCGCGAAAAAACGUCGGGGCAGUUCUAGGACUCCGACACCGGUGCAGAGCGAGGCGGUCAGUGUCGUCGUGGUUAGUGCGAUUCAGGACAGUGCGGACAGUUCUGUCGUUAAUACGGCCCAGAUUGAUAAGAAACACUCGUUAAGCGGUAGUGAUAAUUUAGACAAGCAGAAAAAGGCUAAAGUAGAAGAAACGACCCAGUCAAUACUGUCUAAUCAGCCAGUAGUAGCUUUAACAUCAAUAGCGACCCCCAAGAGUAAUUCUCCGACGACCACUGCCGCCAUAUCGGAAACUUCAGUGCCUACGUCUUCUAUUAUACAAACUGCCCAGGCUCAAAUUCAAGCCCAACAACAGCAACACCACCACCCAUCCCUCGUCGUUUCUGUCCCAUUACUAAACGCGAGUUUGAGCCCCAACCACCCACUGGUGGCGAAUCAGGGGAAUCCCCUGACUGUUAUGCCAUUCGCGGUAGCACCGGUGGAAAAGACCGGCGGUACUGCUAGCGGAAGCAAUUCGGAACGAGCCACACCAGUCACCCCAAUGUCAACCGAUAUAAUAAUGCCUUCCAGCAACAGUAAUCAAGGGCUUCUUAGCUCCGAAAUGAGCGGAGGAGGUCUGAAAAUCACUUACGAGAAACAGUCGGACUCGAUACAUACCGAAGUCGAUAUGGAAAUCGAAAUGGAUACCCCCAAUAGUACUGCCACGAUACAAGAAAUACCUGCUAAAAGAAAUAGCCGAUCUCAAUCAACCGAAAAGACUGACGCUCGCCUAACGCGUGGGAAAAAAAGAAACGGAGCCACCCCGAUGCAAACGAGUCACUCACUGCCCGCGACUUUACCGAAAAGAUCGAGUCGCUCGCAACAGCCCCCUUCCCCACCCGACGCCAAUGUGUCAAUGCAAUCUCAACCCGGAGCUUUUGCCGCAAUAUCUCAAAACAAGAUAAAGGAUUCCCCUCCGAGCAGUCCCGGCUCAGAAAGUCAAAGUACGACUUCCUUUAGCCAAAGUAGCAACAACAGAGGCCGCGCUAAAGCUAGAAAAAGCGCUCCGGCCGCCGUUAACGUUAUCCAAGGAUAUUCCAAAGAGGAGAAAAAAGAAAAUAAGCUAUUUACCAAUGGCAUGACGGCCCCUCAUAUGUUGGGCAACCAGUUGAAUCCGAAUUCUACAAUGCACGCGAAGAUGACCGACCAUCUUAGUAACGAGUUAGAAGCUCACAGUAUAUAUAAUAACUCUAGCGAGAAUAGUCCGACCUUGGUUGGACCUCAGCUGCAUCAUAAGGUCGUUCAGUCGGCUAGAGCAAGCAGUACCGGGUCCAGUACGACGUCCGGCGGAAGUGCCAGCGGACUAUCUUCGAUGCUAGGCGGUAGUAGUUGCGGCGGAAGCAUACCUCAGACCUUAGACCAAUUGUUAGAGAGACAGUGGGAGCAGGGCUCGCAAUUUCUUAUGGAACAAGCACAACAUUUUGACAUCGCUUCGUUGCUCUCGUGUCUUCACCAACUGAGGGCGGAGAAUUUGAGGUUAGAGGAGCACGUCAAUAACUUAGUUCAACGGAGAGAUCACCUGUUAGCGGUAAAUGCCAGACUCGCUAUUCCUUUAACGGGACAACCGACGUCCAUAAACUCCCAACCGCAGCAUCCCAACAAUAUCCAUCCCAAUAUGUCAGUACCUCACGCGGAAAUUCCCAGGCCUACCAGGCAUAGUACCGGGUCAUACGACAGGUACCCGCAAGGUCACAUAUCCGUACCGAUGGAGAACGGCUUACCGCCCGAUUCUUACCCUCCCGGCGGUACGCAUAGGGAUUCCGGUAAUGGCGAUCAACCCAGUCCCACUGUAAGACACUCCCCAGCGACGAUAUACUCGAAUAACGGGCUGCUGAGACAGUGCGCAGACACGGGGGGUCGUGCUGCUCCUCCUCGUGCGCAACCGUAUUCGAUGGGCUACGACCGACCUGGUUCCUCGCAUUCAACCGGGUCACAACAGAUGGUAAUAAGGAGAGAUAGGGACCCGGACGUUUUCGGGCCAGGAUCCCAACCCAGCUGAGACUUGCUCCACAAUGUGGAGCUAUUCCAAGCGUUGACAAAUCACCGAGGACUGGAUUAUUAUGUUGAUGACUGAAUUUUCGUGCUUUUGUUUGGGUUAUGUUCGGUUGUAGUAGUAAGUAGUGGGUGGAAAUUUUCAGUGAGGCCUUUAUAAUUAGAACCGAAAAUGGCGGUUUAUAGAUAAUUUGCAUAUUCCGUAGUCGUGCCUUUCAGAUCUUUUCAAUGUUAUAAACCGAUAAACUUCUGUCAAUGUUUGUAUAUUUAGGGUGUAACAUAAGUGAUAACCAAUUUUAAGAGGUGAUUUCGUGUUAUUCUUCAUAUAAACGUAUGUCCGGAGACGUUUAUUUUUCGAGAUAAUAUCUGAAAAACGUUUUUUAAUGUUUAAUUGCUUGGUUUGAUACAAUUAUCAAACGCAGUAAAAAUGAUGAACUAACCUUCUGUGAUGCCAAUUAUUGAUAUUUGCUUUUAAAAUUUUGAUUGCAAUUAUUAAUUACAAUUCCAAAAGUAGCACCUUAUUAAUUAGUUUAUUGAUAGUUUUUUUGAAGUUUUUAAAUGGGUUUUUUUCGCGUAAUUUUGACGCUUUUUAGUCUUUUUUAUGGAGGUCAGAAACGUGCUGAGAUAUGGAUGAAAUGAUAUGAAAACAAAGAACAAGAUACGCAUAAAAAUCAAGCGAUUUUAUUAUUAAGCAAUAUAUAGAAAUAUUAAGCGAUUCGAAAAGUUAUUUUUAGUUGUUUUAUUUAAAAAAACAGACUUUGACUUGACUACUUUGGUCUAAAUGUGACAAUUCCAAGAGAUACCUUAUAAAAAUAAUUAACAAACUGUAAAAAUUUCAACAAAUUCAGUAAACGCGUUUUUUAAUACCCUGUAUCUCGAAAACGCAAGAUAUUUAAGUAACUUUAUCGUUCCAAAUUAUUUACUUUCACGUUCAAAUAUAACUAAAUAUACCAACACUCUUAUUAACAUCUUUAUAUAUCUGAUUUCAAAUUCCCUAUUGUUGUUUUAUUUAUAAAUAUUUAAUACACAUUAUCUAAAUAAUUGGUUCAAUAUCUUGAGAGGUACGGGUAGGUUCAGAGGUUUCAGAACAAAAAAUUAAACAGUACCCAUAAUAAUACCAUAAUUCUGCAAACUAAAAGGGGUAAACGUUGAGUUUUGGUUUUUCUGAUUGUAAAUGGACUAGCGGAACUUUUUUACAACUAUGGCAUCGUGAAAUUUCCACCCAAUUGUACGUAUUUUUAGAAUUUUUGGCUGUUAGCAUGACACUUUUGUGGUGCAAGAAAUCAGACUAUUUUGCGUCUAUUCUUAUACAGGUCUGAAGGGUGGUACAGAACACUUAAAAAUUGACUGGGAUUAUAGUUAAGGUCUGAAUUAUUAACUAUAAAUGCUCUCACUGUAUCAUUUAAUAAUCUUUAAUUUAAUUUAAUAAUCUUUAAUAAUCAUUAAUUAAUGCAAGGAGAGCUUUCACUGUAAUUGUUUUUUAAAUUUUGGCCACAAAUUUAGCAUUAAUUCAUCGUUCUUAAUAAAAUGUGGACAAUUUUUAUGUGGCAUAUCUUAAAAUUAACCUUUUUUAAAAAUAGGUCUGAGCAACGUUUUAAUUUCUUAUUCAAAAUAUGCAUUGUGCAAACAGUUUUACUUAAAGAAGGUAUACUUCCCAAAUCUCGAAAUGUUUACGAAUUAAAGUUUUCAAUGCACUCAAAAAGUAUGACGUUCAUAAACUAUUUAAAUGGCUUUAUUAUACUUGAAAUGAAUACAAAAGAUAAAUUAAAAAUUAUGAAUAUUUGCCAGUAAAUGAUCGACAUGACCUCCGUGUAUCUCAACACAUAAUUUUUUUUUUUUACUGAAAUGCAAUGCAAUACAAUUAGAAUGUAUACAGAAUUCCCUACCUUAGUAAGGGUAUCACAGUUUAAAUUUUAAAAGAACUGCCAUCACAAGAACAACAGUUAAGAAUAUAGUUUUCCCUACUUUUUCAAGCUCAUCAAGCAUUUCUUGAGUAAAUUUUAAUGUCCUGUUAUUCUUGCUUUUAUAUUUACUCAUAAUCCCAAAUUAUAAGCAUAAGAUCCUGGUAAGAGUACGCAAAAAUCACGAAGAGUUCGCAUGCGUAAUAUUUGGACAAUACUUACUCAGGCAGAAAAAUAUAAACUACAUAUUUGUACAUCCAGAUAAAUCCCACUUUUUACUCUGGAAUUAUUGUUUUUUUUAAAAUCAAAAUCAGCAAUAAAUACAUGUCAAUAACCUUAGAUAUCAAAAAUAUUACAAAUAACGCUAUAAAUCUAAUGUCUGAGUAAAUAAACAUAAUGAUGACUCUCAGACUAUUUUCUCAAUAUAACACAAUCGCUAAUCGAGUCACUUUCGUAUGUAUUCUGCACCACUUCCUUAUGACCUUUGCAUACAUACGUUUUUAUGUAUUUAUUACAUAUGGUUUACAUAAACGUGCUAUUAUUUAAGACUUGAGUUCUGUGCCAAUUUAACUUUUUUAGACUUAUAUACUCGUAUAAAUCGCUACCAAAAAUAUUUUCCAAAUUCCCCAAAAAAGUCUGAUGGUUUAAAAUGUUUUAUUGUAGGUUCAUAUCAUAAGAGCAAUGUUCUAGUGUAUUUUUAUUUUGAGCAAAAUCUUUUGCAUGUAUAUAUUUUUUUUUCUCGGUUUUGCUCAAGAUAAAAGUCAAACAGAAUACAAGUAGUGUUUAGAGAGUAAUUAUUGCACUCAAUAAUAAUCAUAGACAUUAAACUAUUUUUUUAAUUAAAUGUAAAGUUUAAUGUUAUUAGAGGGACGUGCGAAAAGUCCCUUUUGAGCUCAGGGAAAAGACUUAUAGUAACUUUAAAAUAUCGUUUAGAUAAUUUAGUUUAGGCUUUAAGUAUAAUAAUUGUUGUAAAUAGUAUUUCUUAAAAAGGACCCCUCAAUCCGCGCAGAAAUAAUUGUAAAAAUACAGAACUUAGUCAAUAUAGGCUUUAAUAUUAAUGAUAAUAUGAUGACAUAAAACACUUGAGUGUUUGUAAUUUAGACACUGAGAUAUAUAAUUUUUUACCACAUGACAGAGAAAUCCCUAUUUUCGCUAAAAAAAAACGAAAUAAAUAAUCGUUUGUACUUUUAUAUAACGUAUAAACCUUUUUUUAAAUUUUAGGGGAUUUCAAGUGGAUAUAUACACAGUUUUCCUUAUAUGGACUUUUUACAUAUUUUGAGCUUUAUUUAUACAGAUUUAAUAUUUUUGCAGUACACAGAGUGGAUUACUAUACUAAAUAUGUUCUGAUUCACUCUUCUGAAUAAAAAGUCCACUCUGUAUCAGCAAUUACAUAAUAUAUUCUUUCAAUGCAUUAUGAUCCUUUAUAAAUUAAUCAAUCGUAUUUAUUUUAUAUCUUAUUUAUUUUGAUGAUUAUACAUAGUUCCACAUUAUACAAAUAAUAAUUUAGCAUCUUUUGAAUGGCAAGUUAUUCUUGCAAUUAAUAGUUUAACGAAUAUAAUAAUAUUAUUGUAAUGCCACCAUUUGAAAUCACCUGAAGUCAGGUGAAAUUCGGUAGUGAACUGGUAGAUAAUUACACUUAAAUAGGUACUGCUGUAUAUUUUGUAUUAUUUUUAGUUUGUUUUUAUGAUUUUUUUUUGUUUUAUUUUUUUUUGUGUAAUAUACAAUUUAGUAGGA